AUGGUCAAGGCCCUGGCCGAGCUGCUCCAGAGAUCUAGGCCCCCGCUGGCCAGGCCCCCUCCGGGCGCCAGCCCCACCCAAUCCACCAGGAUGCCUCCCGAGCAGGACCCAGGGCCCUCUGAGGCCAUGCCUCCUUCCCCAUCCCCCAGCAGCCCCCCAAGGGGACAGAGCCACGACCCCAUGGUGCCCCACCGGCCGCGGGGCCGCCCCCGUGGCUCCUUCAAGAAGAAGCCAGGAGCCCCUCAGCGGAGUGCCAAGGCUCCCGGCACUGCCCCAGUGCCCCCCAGGAAGAGCCAGGGGCCGGCCUCGGGUGCCAGCCCGAGCUCCCGGAGGAAGGGCCCUGGGCGUGGGCGGAAGAAAUUGCCCCUGCUGCUCAAGUUUGUCUCCAAAGCAAAACGGCUGAAGUCGGGGCGGGUGGCAUUGGCCCGGGCCAGGCUAAAGCCCCCCGUGGGCAGGAAGCGGGGCAGCAAGAGGAGGAAGAGCAGCCCACCAAGGAGGAGGGAUGUUUUGCCGGAGGACUCCCCCACUCUCCCUGCCCCCCCUCCGGAGCAGCCGCCCCAUGAGGCACCAGCCGAGCCGGCCUCUCCAACCCAAGCCCGGUGGAAGCGGCGGAGACGGGCGCGGCGGCCGGCCCGGCGCGAGGGCGCCGUGAAGGAGAGGCCGGCGUCGCCCCCGUGUCCGGCCCAGGCAGAGGAGGAGUCAGCUGCCCCGGCCUCCAUCGCCCAGUCCACACGGGCACAGUGUCUGAAACGGGGGCGGGGCCGGCCGCCCCUCACCCCCAGUCAGCGGGCCGAGCGGGUGGCAGCUGCCCAGCGGGAGGGGGCUGGCACGGUGGGCGAGGAGCCCCCCGGGCACAAAGCUACCUUCCUGAAGAACAUCCGCCAGUUCAUCAUGCCCGUGGUGAGCGCCCGCUCCUGCCGCCUCAUCCGUCCUCCCCGGCGCUUCAUGGACGAGCCCCCCCGACGAGCCCCCCGGGCCAAGGCCCCUGAAAUGGGGGGGCCACCCCGUGGGGAGCCCCCGGUCCCACAGCAAGCCCCUGGCCAGGAGGUGGCGCCUGGCCAGCCCCCCCGCUCGCCCGACGAACACUCCUCCCCCCUCUCGUCACCCCCUCCUUCCCCUGGCCUCUCGCCCCCAGCCUCCCCUCUUCCCACCCUCCCUGGCAAGCGGCGCUCUAUCCUGCGGGAGCCCACCUUCCGCUGGACCUCCCUCAGCACCUCGCCGCUUCUGCCCCCCGAGGCGGGCAAGUCCCUCUUCCGGCUGCCCCCUGAGGAGCCCCACCUCUUCCCACCUGGCCCCCUCCUUGCCCCUUCCCCACCGGCCAGGCGGCCCCCACUGCUCCGGGCCCCUCAGUUCACCCCCAGUGAGGCCCACCUGAAGAUCUACGAGUCGCUGACAGUGUCGGCCGAGGAGCAGGAGCCCGUGUGCCUCAGCGAGGCUGGGAAGGACCCCCCACUGUCCCCUGUGCCCCGGCCAGAGCCCCCCUCUCCCCACUACGAACCCGUGAUGACCCGCAGUGGCAAGCGGCUGCUGGGCCGAACCAACCACCUGACCCUGCCCCUCUUUGGGGAGCCCCCCCAGCACCUGCCUGGCCCCCCGGACAUGGAGCUGAUCAAGAUGGAGGAUGUGGAUGUGCCAGGCGUGGUGCGUAAGGUGGCCAUCCGCCGCAUGGCCUCACUGGCCAGCCAUGAGUCCGAGGAGGAGGAGGGCUCUGGGUGCGAGGCCGAGGAGCAGGGAGCUGCAGCGCCCACCCGGGAGGAGGCAGCGCCGGCUGUACAGCCGGCCCAGCUGUCGGGCAUGGACAAAGUCUACAGUCUGCUGACUCGCGCCAAGGUGCAGCUCUUCAAAAUCGACCAGCAGCAGCUGCUCAGAUUGGCCCCGCCAUCACCCAGCGUCAAAUCGGAGGAGAGUGCAGAGGCUGUGCCAGGGGACGCUGAGCCAGACCUGGCCAGCACGGACAGGAACGAGACCAGGAAACUGGGCCAGGAGUCUCCGGUGCAGGGCCCCCGGAUCAAGCAUGUGUGCCGGCAUGCGGCGGUGGCGCUGGGCCAGUCGCGUGCCAUGGUGCCCGAGGAUGUGCCCCGCCUGAGCGCCCUGCCCCUGCGCGAGCGGGAGGAGAUUGCUGCCUCACCGGUCGCCGAGGAGACCUCCUCGGCCUCAGAGAGUGAGGGUGGGCGAGCACGACGGGGAAAGGUGGAGCCAGUGGCAGUGAAAGCCCCGCUCCCCCACGCGCGCCGCCCCGCCCUCCACCACCAUCACUCAGGCAAGAAGAACCGCAUGACCCGCUGCGGCAAGUGCAAGGGCUGCCUGAAGCUGCAGGACUGCGGGGCCUGCGUCAACUGCCUGGACAAGCCCAAGUUCGGGGGACCCAACACCAAGAAACAGUGCUGUGUGUACCGCAAGUGCGAUAAGAUUGAGGCGCGCAAGAUGGAGCGGCUCUCCAAGAAAGGUCGCACGGUGGUGAAGCCAGUGGUGGCGCGGGACUCGGAGGACUCACAGGAGGAAUUCCCGGCACCCUGGGAGCUGAUGCUGGGGGCGACGGAGACAGCAGAGCAGGAGGCCCUGCUGCAGCGCAAGUCGGCCCGGCGCUGUGUCAAGCAGAGACCCUCCUACGACAUCUUUGAGUCCACGGACGACUCGGACGCGGAGCCCCGGCCCGGCUCCACCACGCCCCGCAGGAAGCCCUCCCGCGACUCGGACCUGCUCCCCAUGGAGGUGGAGGAGCAGAGCCGACCGCGGAGAACGCCGCUGCAGCCCGUCGUGCAGCUCAAGGCGAGGAGGCGGUUGGAGAAGGACACACUCUCCUCUGGCUCAUUCCCUUCCUUCCCCAACGGCUGGAACGGGAAGCAGAAAUCCACUGACGGCGUCCACCGGCUACGCGUUGACUUCAAGGAGGACUGUGACUUGGAGAAUGUGUGGCUGAUGGGGGGCCUCAGCAUCCUGACCUCUGUGUCCGUCACUGCCCAGCUCAUGUGCCUUCUCUGCGCCAGCAAGGGUUUCCACGAGCUGGUGUUCUGCCAGGUUUGCUGCGACCCCUUCCACGUGUUCUGCCUGGAGGAGGACGAGCAGCCGCAGCGGGAGCAGGAGGAGAACUGGUGCUGUCGCCGCUGCAAAUUCUGCCAUGUGUGCGGGCGCAAGAACAAGGUCUCCAAGCCACUGCUGGAGUGUGAGCGCUGCCGCAACUGCUACCACCCAGCCUGCCUGGGCCCCAACUAUCCCAGCAAGCCCAUCCGCAAGAAGCGGGGCUGGAUCUGCUCUGCCUGCAUCCGCUGCAAGAGCUGUGGGGCUGCCCCAGGGAAGAACUGGGACACGGAGUGGUCCCACGAUUACAGCCUCUGCCCCCCCUGCUCCCUGCUCUAUGACAAAGGUAACUACUGCCCCAUCUGCUCUCACUGCUACGAGGACAACGACUACGAGAGCAAGAUGAUGCAAUGCGCUAAGUGCGAGCACUGGGUUCACGCCAAAUGCGAGGGGCUCUCAGACGAGGACUACGAGAUCUUGUCCAGCCUGCCAGAGAGCGUGGUCUACACCUGCCGGCCCUGCUCUGGCAGUGACAAGGCCAAGUGGCGGGAUGUCCUCACCUCGGAGCUGCGCAAGGGGCUGCGCAACGUGCUGCAGGGGAUGCUGGCCUCCCAGCACGCCGAGCCCCUGCUGCAGUGCGCCCAGUGCUGCCCGGACGACGGCGUGAAGGUGCACCGGCGGCCCUGCAACCUGCGCACUGUCAGCAAGCUCUUCGAACAGGGCCACUACAGCUCCGUGCACGGGUUCAGCGAGGACGUGGUGGGCAUCCUGCUGCAGCACCUGGAGGAGCGUGAGGGCCUCGAGGAGGAGCAGGGCGGUCCCUCCGUCAAGGCGCUUUACAUUGAGCUCAUGGCGCGCUCGUUCAGCUGGUUCAAUGCACAGGACGCCAAGCGCUGGCAGCGGCGCAGCUGCCUCCCCAAUGGCAUGCUGCCUGACGCCGUGCUGCCCCCCUCCUCCGACCACAUGUACGCACAGUGGCGCCGGCCCGAGGAGCCCAGCGCCACCGAGAACGGCGAGCUGGCACCCGGAGCCAUGGGCACCAGUGGGAAGGACCAGGAGGUGGUGCUGGCGAAGCAGGGGCUGGGCAGCGGCGCUGAGGACAAGCGUCAGUGCGCCCUGUGCCUCCAGUACGGGGAUGCCCCCUCCAAGGAUGCGGGGCGGCUCCUGUACAUCGGCCAGAAUGAGUGGACCCACGUCAACUGCGCCAUCUGGUCGGCUGAGGUCUUUGAGGAGAACGAUGGAUCCCUGAAGAACGUGCACGCCGCCGUGGUGCGGGGGCGCCAGAUGCGCUGCGAGCACUGCCAGCGCACUGGCGCCACGGUGGGCUGCUGCCUGUCGGCCUGUCUCAGCAAUUACCACUUCAUGUGCGCCCGCCUGCGCCGCUGCACCUUCCAGGAGGACAAGAAGGUUUUCUGCCAGAAGCACACGGACCUGCUGGAUGGGACGGAGAUUGUCACCGAGGACGGGUUCGACGUGCUGCGCCGGGUCUACGUGGACUUUGAGGGCAUCAGCUUCAAGAGGAAAUUCAUGGUUGGCCUCGAACCCGACACCGUCAACAUGAUGAUUGGUUCCAUCAAGAUCGACAGUCUGGGGCUGCUGACGGACCUGUCGGAGUGCGAGGGACGUCUCUUCCCUGUCGGCUACCAGUGCACCCGGCUGUACUGGAGCACGGUAGAUGCCCGGAGGCGCUGCUGGUACAAGUGCCGAAUCCUGGAGUGCCGGCCCCAGCUGAGCCAGAAGGAGCCAGACCUGCUGGGGGGGCAGGAGGAGAACCAGACCAUCGCGCACAGUCCUGCCACAGACUCUCACCUCGGGGACCCGCACCUCCUGGGCGCAGCACCUGCCAUGCUGGCACCAGAGUGCCACUCACCUUCCCGCAACCCGGGGCCCCAGCCUCCCCCUGAGUCGGCCACCGCCUCCGUGCCCCGCUCCCUGGCUGGAGCCCGCAUCAAAGUGCCCAACUACUCGCCGACGCGCCGGCCCCUGGCUGGGGUCUCCUCCCGGCCGCUGCCGUCACCCGGCAGCACGUCGUCCAUGGCCCACCACAUCCUGACAGUGGGUGACCCGGACUUCACACCACUGCGCCGCCACCGGCGCCACAGCCCCCUCUCACCGCGCCCGCCCCCCCGCCGGGCCCCCUCCCCCCCACGCCCCGCCAGGACUCGGCUGCCGGGCCCCACCUCUCUCAGGGCAGGAGCCGCUCCCCCAGGGAGCAGCCCACAGCACCCCCCUACCUCAGCCAGGCCCGGCCCACCUACCUCCCCCCCGGCGCUGCCCCCUGAACUGGCCUUCGAUGAGCUCAACGUCUCGGACCUGGAGUUCGAUGACAGCCUGCUGGACGAGACCUUCCACGAGGGGGGCGAGGGGCGGGGGCCCUGCUCCUCGCCCGGCCUGCCCCUGGCUGGCCCCAGCGAUGAAGAUGAGGAGGAAGAAGGGGCCGGGGGCACCGGGCGCUACUUCCGCUUCCCCCCCACCGUGGUCACACGGGACCUGGACAUGGCGCCGUACCCACUGGACCUGCCGCUGCCCCACAUCGACCAGCUGGAUGGGGUGGAUGAUGGGGAGGGUGAGGGGCGGGGUGCCAAUGGCAAGCGGGUGGAGCCAGGAGCGGAGCAGGGGUCGGCUGGCCCUGCCCCCCCACCUGAGGACCUGCCCUCGGAGAUCGUGGACUUCGUGCUGAAGAACCUGGGCGAGGGCAAGGCCCCGGAGCCCAGCGUGAAUGGCAGCGAGGCAGGCCCCGCGCCUGAGCCGGCCCGUGCCUUGGGCUGGGUGCCAGGCAGCCCGGGCGUCCGGGUGCUGGGCCCCGAGGCGCCCGCUCCCCCCAAGCCUGGCUCCAAGGUCAUCCUGGUCAACAAGCUGGGGCAGGUGUUUGUCAAGAUGCAGGGUGGGGAGGAGGCGCCGGCUGGGGGUGGCCUGGAGGGGUCGGGCACCCCUGCCAAGCCAGGCCCGGCUCUGCCCCCGCAGCCCCCAGCCAGCCUGGGCACAGUGAUCUUCCGCGCCGCGGCCCCGCUGGGCGUGGCCAGGAGCCCAGUGCCCACCUGGACCAUCCGAGCGCCAGUUCUCAGCAUGGUGCCCAUGGUGAAUGUGCUGCAGCCAUCAGGUGCUGGGGGGCAGCUCACCCUGGGCCCCUCGGCCCUGGUCACGCCCUCGCUGGGACUGUCCCAGCCCUGCCUGCUGCAGCGCUUGGCCCUCAACUCAGGUCUGCUCCACCUGCCUGUCCCCCCGCCCCAGCCGCACCCCCACCAGUUCCCCAGCAGUGCCAAGAGGGUUUCUGCCGUCGCUGGUGCCCCCCCCAAGAGGCCCAAGCUGGAGGAAGAUGAGGAGCCGCUGCCCCCUGCGUCGCCAGCUGGUGCCCCCGACAGCCAGAGCAGGAACGGCUUCGCCGGCCCCCCGCAGGGCCCCGGGCCCGGCCGGGUGCGGAUGAAGACCCCCUCGGUGAAGAGCGUCCUGGAGCUGGUGGCCCUGAAGGAGCAAGCGGAGCUGAGCGAUGGGGGCAGCACAGGGUCACCCUCGGAUCCCUCUCUGGCCCCGGAGUGCAGCCCCCGCAUGCCGGAUCCCAGCCUGGAGCCUCUGCCGGAGCCCACAUGGCAUCGCUACACAGGGGAGCUGUCGAGCUCUGACGAGGACACCCUGUACUGUGAGGAUAAGGAGAACGAGGCGCCACCCAAGAGCCAGCCGCACCUACGUUUCGAGAUCAGCAGUGAGGAUGGGCUCAGCGUGCAGGCGGACAGCAUCGAUGGUGCCUGGAAGGCCGUGAUUGAGAAGGUGCAGGAGGCACGAGCCAAUGCCCGCCUCAAGCACCUGUCAUUUGCUGGCAUGAACGGGGUGCGCUUGCUGGGCAUGCACCACGACGCUGUCACCUUCCUGGUGGAGCAGCUGCACGGCGCCAAGUCCUGCCACAAGUACAAGUUCCGCUACCACCAGCACGAGGAGGAGGAGGAACCGCUGCCCCUGAACCCCAAUGGCUGCGCCCGCGCCGAGGUCUACGUCAGGAAAUGCACCUUUGACAUGUUCAACUUCCUGGCGUCGCAGCACCGCACACUGCCCGAGGGCGGCACCUAUGAUGAGGAGGAGGAUGAGGUGCAGCUGAAAUCCACCAGACGAGCCACCAGCCUGGAGCUGCCCAUGGCCAUGCGCUUCCGGCACCUCAAGAGAACUUCCAAGGAGGCUGUGGGGGUGUACAGGUCGGCCAUCCACGGGCGUGGGCUGUUCUGCAAACGCACCAUCGAUGCGGGCGAGAUGGUCAUCGAGUACUCGGGCAUCGUCAUCCGCUCAGUGCUGACCGACAAGCGCGAGAAGUACUACGAUGGCAAGGGCAUCGGCUGCUACAUGUUCCGCAUUGACGACUUCGACGUGGUGGACGCCACGAUGCACGGCAACGCUGCCCGCUUCAUCAACCACUCGUGCGAGCCCAACUGCUACUCGCGCGUCAUCCACGUGGAGGGGCAGAAGCACAUCGUGAUCUUCGCCCUGCGGCGCAUCUUCCGUGGCGAGGAGCUCACCUACGACUACAAGUUCCCCAUCGAGGAUGCCGGCUCCAAGCUGCCCUGCAACUGCGGGGCCAAGCGCUGCCGCCGGUUCCUCAACUAG